AUGAAAAUCGAACAUCAAGCUGGCUCUUAUGAAUUUCCGGAGGGUAUGCAAUUUUAUUACGUAGCUUCCAGCAAUGAAGGUUGGAAUAAAUUGAUGGAGAAUGGGUGGUAUGCAUUUGAAAAAUCGGAACAAGAGAACAACGACAAAGUGAAGAAAAUUCUUUAUAACGAAGAUGAACGGCGUAAGUAUGGGAUUGAACUAGCUGAAAUGGGUCUGAUGCAAAGAAAAGAAUUAGAAGAUUUGAGAGAAUGUGAAAAAGGAAAUAUUGCGGAAAUCCUGUUGUGUACGGCGGUAAUCAAUGGGGCUUUGUGUCUAUUGCUGCAUGCGGAAUAUACUGUUACCCUCUUGCUACAAGCGCAGAGUAAUAAUCCUAUGCAAGGAAUCUUGAUCUCUAAAUUUGAGCGAUAUUGGAGCUUGAGUCAGAGUCAGAGAAAUAAAAAUUCGACGGCUCAGCAAAGUUCGAAAGAUCAAAUUGAUGAAGAAUACUUGAUCAAAUGGCGGCAGAUUAAUCAAAGCUCGGCAUAUGCGCAGCUGUUCUGGUUAUGGAAUCAGAGUCAAGAAAGAUGUAGACACCCUUUCAAAAAGAAAACAGAGGAGGAUCCUGAGAUCUUUUCAAGCCUCCCGGAGACAAUAACUGAGCCCGUGAGUAAGACCAGUUUUUCCAAAAAAGAAGCAGCUUCCAUUAAUUACAUCUAUAAACGUUGUUUGACGAUGGGAAUUACAAGUAAUAUUAUCGACGCUAUUCAGCAGCUUGUUAAAGUGCAAUACGAAUACAGUCAUCCACAACUGUCCCAACACUGCAACCUCUCGCCAAAGGCGAUCGUCAAAUUUCUUCUGGCAAAUGAAGAUGUCUUUGAAGCUAUUUCUAACUCGCCUGAGGAAGAAUUCGACUAUAAAUACUAUAAAGCUUUACUUGAUACAUCACCGAUUGUAAACGCAUUAUCUCCUUGA